AUGAAACAGGAUGGAUGGGGCCACAGCUGCAGAGAGGGUUGGUGGAGCUAUUUAUCCUCAGUAGGCAACAUAUUCUACUCAGUCAGACUGAAAUACAAGAGAGGGGAGAUUGGCAGGAGACAUCAAGAAACUGUGAUCAUGAGGACAUUGGUGCUCUUCCUUUUAAUGGGAAUAGUGGAUGUGACCAUCAGCCAGAGCUACAGCCCCUUCCAGUGGCUGUCUCAGCUACGAGGCCGGAGGCAGAAUGCAGGCUGGUAUUCGGAGGCUGCAGAUUGCCCCUUGGAGUGUGACUGCCCAACAACCUAUCCCACAGCUAUGUACUGUCACAGCCGCAACCUGCAGCACGUUCCCUACGUUCCGUCACAUAUAAAGUAUGUAUACCUGCAGCGUAACCAAAUCACAGGCAUUCAACAUGGCGUGUUUGACAAUGCUACAAACCUGAUGUGGGUGAUUUUAUCACACAACAAGCUCAGCUCAGAAAAACUCAGCGACAGUGUGUUUGUCAAGCUGGAAAACCUGGAUCGACUAUAUCUGGAUCACAAUGAGCUGACCCGGGUGCCUCGUAACCUUCCAAGUUCUAUAUCUAGACUGCAACUUUCCCACAACAAAAUUGCAAAAGUUUCCUCUAAAUCAUUUGAUCGGAUGUCUAACCUCACCACCCUUCAACUACAGGCUAAUGUCAUAGAAGAGUUAGAGGGUGGGUUUAAGGAUCUAAAAUCUCUUAUUAUGCUGGAUAUCGGGAAAAACAAGCUAAGGAAAAUCCCCGACAGCCUUCCUGAGAGCCUGCAACAGCUCUACUUGGAGUUUAAUAAGAUAGAGAGUGUGCCAGCUGGUUUUCUUACUAUGUAUCCUAACCUGCAGUUUGUCCGCUUAGCUCACAACAUUCUGACAAACAAAGGACUUCCCUCCAGUGUCUUCAACACAAGCACACUCGUUGAGCUUGACUUGUCCUUCAACAAACUGGAACAGAUCCCUAAUGUCAAUAGGAACCUGGAAAACCUGUAUCUACAUGCCAAUAAGAUCAAAGAGUUCUCUUUGAGCAGUUUCUGUGACACAUAUGAUGGGACAAACUUCUCCAAGCUGAAAGUGCUGCGUUUGGAUGCUAACAAAAUCAGUGCUAGAGACAUUCCUGCUGAGGCUGCCUACUGUUUGCGGCUGGUUUCCUUUAUUGAUGUGUAGAGCUUCUUGUUCUUUUCUUUUUUUUUUUCUUUAUCUCUAACUUGUAUGCCCUCACUGUUACCGGUCUGUUACAUUGGUCAAGAAAAUGUUUUAUUAAACAGUUAUGCUAUUAACAUUCCACUCAUAAUUCCAGAGUCAGCCAAGAGGAAAUACCAGUGUUGGAUAACCUAAUAUCUAGAUUACAGUCAUAUGGACAUUUGAGACCCGAUAAAAACAUUUUUCAGAAAUAUCAGAAUUUAAGUUUUUGGAUUAAUGCUAAAUAUCACAAUUAUACAUAAACAGAAUGUAGCUAAUUGUGGACAUUUUAUUCAGCCUAAAACUUUUAAUCAACUGUAUAAGAUUCAGUAUCGAUCUUUGCCUCCACCAUGUGGAACGCCAUAAAACUUCAUGCUAAGGAAUUAUGUAUUAGGCAAAAAAUAAUUAUAAAUCUUAGUUGAUUAUCAUUUCUGUUUCUUAAUUGCACGUAUGGCUCUGUAAACUGAGCUGCCUCAAUUUGGUCAUGCAUAAGUUCCAUGUUGUAGACAUGGAAGCUUCCUUUUUUAUCAUUACAGUGCUUUAAGUACUGGUUAAGGGCUGGUGUCUUUCUUGGUUCUAAGCAGUAACAAGUUAUGUAAAUAAAUGUUUUGCUUUUUCAAACAUUCUGCCAUGAUGCCCAAGUUUUUUUAGUGCUUUGUUUUAGGGAGGCAAAUCUAUGAGUGGGCGUCUUCCGUUUUUUGUCUUUUUAUCAGUUGAAAAAUUUGUGUUUUACAAUGUGUUUAAGAAGAUUAUUUCCCUUUUAUCUAACCAGCAAAGCAUUUUGAUUAAUCAAAUCCUGAUAAGAUUGCCCCAUGGAUAGACUGUAUCUAAAUGAAAUGUAAGUAUGUUCAACUUGCUUUAUCCACCUGGGCAGUUCCACUUAAAGCUUGGGGUCAUUGACCAGAGGCCUGGGAGCUUUAGUGUCUGGACAGCAUCUACGCUAUUCCCAGGACUACGAUUUUUGGACGGAGGUUUCUCUUGGAAUUUGUUACAGCAUUUCCCCCGAGUUCGGGGUCAUAGCCCCGAGUGCGCUGAUGACCACUAAGCCUUGAAUCUCCUCAACGUCUCCAUUUCCUCUCUAAGCCCUUGGUAUUUCUCAAGCUUCUCAUGUUCCUACUUCUUGAUGUUGCUGUCCAUUGGGAUUGUUGUUUUAUCUGUCAGUGCUGCUUUUUCUUCUUCCACAAUUUCUAUUUAGCUAAUUCAUGUUGCACCAUUUCAGGUAGAAUCUUUUCAAAAGGUUCCUUAAUAGUUCCUGUUUGAUGUGGUAGAACUUUAUUGCUCUUGUGCUCGUGUUCCUUUGUUAUUUGUUCUCCCUUCAGGCCUCAUGAUGCUUGCUAUUUGGGGGUUUGUCACUCACAUUUUUUUUUAUUAUUAUUAUUCUUGUACUGCUUUUUCUAUGGGGAGAUGUAUUUACUGUUGCACUUUGUUAUUGUUGGUCAUAUUCUUGAUGCAGCUCAAGAUCUUUGCCGAUUUACCCUGAAUCGUGACCUUCCACUUAGCACCCAGUCUAAUAGUGCUAGGCUUCUUGUCUCACUCACUGUGUAGCUGAGUAUCCAAAUCUAUAAACGCAAACCACCUUAAAGCAUAUUUGUUCCAUUAAAGCUAAAUUGUUAGAUUAAGCCUUUAUAGGGCACUCAGUGAUAUACUUUAAAAAUCAAAAUUACAACGCAGUAGUGUUAUUGGAAUCCAAGACCUUAUUACCUUUGUAACAU